GAUAACCGCACGGGACACCGGAACAGCCUUAAAACUUUCUCUGCGUCUGUUAACCGGAGACAUAACGGGAGCAGAAGAAGUUAAUGUUUGCAGUGCUGUGAGUGUCAGUUUUGCCACUUUUUUUUCCAGACGUACUGAGUUUCGAGGACUUGUACUGCCGGGAGCUCCGGAGCAGGGUCGCGAGAGAGCCCGAGACUGUUUCAUCACAACAUUCAUCCGUGUCUGCCGAAGACAGGUUCUACUUUACAACUGCGUGUCCAGACGCGUAGCGAACGCCACCGAGCGCGUCCAGACGCGUAGCGAACACCAUCGAGCCUUGAUCCAAAGACUCUUUGCGUGUUUUUGAACACUUCCGCUCUUAUUUGCUCCAUAAAGUUGUUCGCAUGAAUCUCCUGGACCCCUACCUGAAGAUGGCUGACGACCAGGAGAAAUGCCUCUCCGGGGCGCCGAGCCCGAGCAUGUCUGAGGACUCCGGUGGGUCCCCGUGCCCCUCCGGAUCCAGCUCCGACACCGAGAACACGCGCCCGGCGGAGAACAGCCUGCUGGGACCGGACGGCUGCAAGAAGGACGAAGACGACGGCAAGUUCCCGGUGUGCAUCCGCGACGCGGUGUCCCAGGUGCUCAAGGGGUACGACUGGACCCUCGUGCCCAUGCCGGUCCGCGUGAACGGCUCCGGUAAAAACAAGCCGCACGUGAAGAGACCCAUGAACGCCUUCAUGGUCUGGGCACAGGCGGCACGCAGAAAGCUCGCGGACCAGUACCCCCACCUCCAUAACGCGGAACUCAGCAAAACUCUGGGCAAACUCUGGAGAUUACUGAACGACGUGGAGAAGCGCCCGUUUGUUGAGGAGGCGGAGAGGCUGCGCGUGCAGCACAAGAAAGAUCACCCCGACUACAAGUACCAGCCGCGACGGCGGAAGUCGGUGAAGAACGGGCAGAGCGAGCCAGAGGACGCGAUGGAGCAAACCCACAUCUCGUCCAACGCCAUCUUCAAGGCGCUGCAACAGGCAGACUCUCCCGCCUCCAGCCUGGGCGACGUGCAGUCACCCGGCGAGCUCUCCGGCCAGUCGCAGGCCCCCCCCACUCCCCCCCCCACCCCUAAGACAGACGUGCAGAAGGUGGAGCUGAAGCGCGAGGGGCGCCCCCUGGUGGACCGGCCGCUGCUCGACUCCUCGGGCCGACAGCUCAACAUCGACUUCCGCGACGUGGACAUCGGCGAGCUGAGCAGCGAGGUCAUCUCGCACAUCGAGACCUUCGACGUCCACGAGUUUGACCAGUACCUGCCGCCCAACGGCCACCCCGGCGGCGCCAUGAGCACCGCGGCGAGUGUGAGCGCAGCCUACAGCGCCACCUACGGGAUGGGAGGUGGCGGCAGCACGGUCGGCCCGACGGCUGCAGCAGCAGGAGCCUGGUUGUCUAAGAGCCAGACCCCAAGCCCGGGGCAACAGAGUCAGCAGGGGCAUUCUCUUACCCCGCUGGGGGGCGGCGGCGGCGGGGAGCAGGGGCAGACGCAGACGCAGUCGCGCCCCCCCCCCCACAUUAAGACGGAGCAGCUGAGCCCCAGCCACUACAGCGAGCCCCCCUCCCAGGGGUCGUCCCCCCCCCAGCACGCCGCCUACGGCUCCUUCAGCAUGCAGCACUUCAGCCCCCCCCCCUCCUACACGGCCGCCUCGCGUGCGCAGUACGAGUUCGACCACCAGGGCGGCGCCAGCGCCUACUACAGCCACGCCUCUGCACCCAGCCCCGCCCUCUACUCCACAUUCAGCUAUAUGAGCCCCACCCACCGACCCAUGUACACACCAAUCGCAGACAACGCAGGCGUGGCCUCAGUACCACAGACCAAUCACAGCAGCCCACAACACUGGGAGCAGCAGCCGGUCUACACACAACUCACCAGGCCCUGAGCCAGACACACACACACACACACACGCAAACACACACGCUCUCUCAUUCACACACACACACACACACACACACACACACACACACGCAAACACACACGCAAAAGAGAAACUGCCAUCCCGAGAAGCUGACAGAUUCCAGGCUUGUUCCUCAAGCACACACACACACACACACACACACACACACACACGGGGAGGCAGAGCUGCAGUCAGAGACGAAAGCUGGUCUUCAAACACACUGAACUGAGCUCGCCAUAUGCCCCCCUGCACACACACACACACAGUCGCACAGAAACACACAAAUGCACACCUAAAUACAACAACACACACACACACACACACACACCUCUGCAGUAGGUGGGAACUGAACUGAGCUCUGAUUGGCUGUUGUGCCUUAGCCUGUUGUAGGACUGACCAAUCACACCUUUUCUAUUCAACGUCAACGAUAAACGUUCUAGACGGAACCGCCUCUGUGAGGCUUCGCGUCUUUGCGUGUCCUUGUCCUCGUGUUCCGCUUGUUGUCCUCGUGCGCUGAGCUCUGGUCUCGCGUGUGUUUUAUAACGUUUCUGCUUUAGUUUGCCAUUUAUAGUAUUGAUACGCCUGUAGAACCCUCUAGAACCCUCUAGAACCCUCAUGCGUGCCCGGGAUAUGGCCCCAGCCCAGGCCACUUCCUGCUUCCUGAUGUCGUCGUCAUGGCGAUCACAGUGCUGCCUUCACACUGGCCGUGCCUUUACACACACUCACACACACUCUCACACUGGCUGUGCCUUUACCUGCCUCUCUCACAGGGUACACACACUCUCACACACACACUGACAUACGCACUUAAACUCUCUUCUUCUCUUGCUCACACA